AAAUAGCAAAAUUUCCCACAGCCCUCAAAGGCAGCGUGAGAAUAACCUUUGAUAACGAGCGCGGACGUGAACGUAUCAAUUAGCCUUUUGCUUUGGGAGACGUUACAUUGAUUUCGUCGUGGUGAAAGAGGGACUGAUGGAUUCCCCUCGGAAGGCUAAGAAGGCUAACGUGAAUCGAGAGCCAAAGCACAGCCAGAAUCAGUCAAGCAGGCCUCCUCAGAAAGAUGCCUAUGCCAGGCUUCUUAGUCAGCACCGCAGCAGCAAGUUCAGUUUGUAUCUAGAACAAUAUGCAAAGGAUUCGUCCUCUCAGAGAGAAGACAACGGGCCAAGCCCACAGCUCAAAGCCCAAAGUGACAGGGUCAGCAUACCAGCACGACAAAGGGACCAAGUGUUUAAUGAUUUCUCUGACUCAAGUGACUUCUCCCCUUCCUCUGUGAAAAGUAAAGGAGGAGAGAGUUCAUUGUCUUUGUACAUGGAGAAACUAAACACUCGCAAUGUUCAGCAAGACUGCGAGAGGAGGCAAGGUGUGUUUGAUGGGCAGCGGAGGGGGCAGAGAAGAGAUACCGCCACAAGCCACGACGGAGACGUUGAGUCUGGGGAGGAGCUGGGUUCUUUAAAACCAAAUGAUGCAAAGAAACACCAGAAGCAACAGCGAAAAAACAAGGAUUCGAACAGAGAUGUCGUCUCAAAAGAGGCCGAUCAGCCUGGUGGACGUCUUCAGUCUCCUAAGAAGUCAAAGAAAAAAAAUCUGCCAAAGCACCCAGAAGAUGAGAAGAUUAGAGAAGGAACAUCAAAGUGUGGAGUUGAUGUUCAGAUGUUAAGUCCCAAGCCUCCUCAUGGUCGUGAUAAAAACAUAAAGCAGCCCAGAGCUUCAAAUGCCAAUUCUCCUGCUGACAAGGGUAAGAACAAAGGAGGCAGAGGAUCAAAGAAGCAAGUGUUUGAUGCUUACAUGACCUCUGAGGAGGUUUCCCAUGGUCUUAAAAGAGGAGAACUUAUUCAGGGUCAGCUCAGAAUAAACCCCAAGAAGUACAAUGAAGCUUUCAUUCCGUCUCCUGAUGAUACACGGGAUAUAUUCUUAGAUGGAAUUGUUGCUCGCAACCGAGCACUGAAUGGAGACAUAGUAGUUGUGCAAGUACUGCCUCGGGAGCAGUGGAAGGUUGUGAGGUCAGAUACUGACUGUGAGGGUGCCAGCGAGUCAGACACACCCACUGUGCAAACAGCUGCAAAGAAGACAAAGAGCACUCCCAGUUCUGCUGUUAGUGUGGAAGAGCAGUGCAGCGACCGGGAUGAACAAAACAACAAAUAUCAGAAUAUAUCAGGAGAACGUCUGGGAGAACCAUCAACACCACGUUCCAAUGGGGAGAUACUCCAAAAGACAGCUAAAGUGGUUUACAUUGUUGAAAAGAAACACUCAAGAGCUGCCACUGGCUUCCUGAAGCACUUGCCAGACAAGCCCUUUGCCUUGUUCUCCCCUGUGGACCACCGGGUGCCACGGAUUAAUGUUCCCCUUGCUGAUUGCCCUGAAGAUUUUAGUUCCCGUCCGGGUGACUACAAGAACACCUUGUUCAUCUGUCGGAUCACAGACUGGGCAGCGGACAGCAAUUUUGCAGAGGGUCGACUAGCCAAGUCACUGGGACAGGCUGGAGAAAUUGAGCCGGAGACGGAAGGCAUCUUGAUAGAGUAUGAGGUUGAUUUUUCUGAGUUCUCAGACGAGGUGUUGGACUGUCUUCCCAAGAAUCUGCCCUGGACCAUCCCACCUGAAGAGAUGAGAAAGAGAAGAGACCUGAGGAAUGAGUGCAUCUUCACAAUUGACCCAGCGACUGCCAGAGAUCUGGAUGAUGCCCUGUCCUGUAAACAGCUGCCAGAUGGCAACUUUGAGGUGGGAGUUCACAUUGCUGAUGUGAGUUAUUUUGUGGAGGAAGGAAACUCUUUGGAUGUCAUUGCCAGCCAGAGAGCAACUAGUGUCUACCUGGUUCAGAAGGUGAUCCCCAUGUUGCCUCGGUUGCUGUGUGAGGAGUUGUGCAGCUUGAACCCUCUCGUCGACCGACUCACUUUCUCCGUUAUUUGGACGCUCACACCCGAGGGAAAGAUUUUGAAUGAGUGGUUUGGCCGCUCAAUCAUCCGCUCUUGUGUGAAGCUGAGUUACGACCAUGCUCAGAGCAUGAUCGAGGCCCCUGAGAAGAUGUUCUCUGCUGAGGAGCUGCCACCCGUGGACCCCAUGCACCCUAUUGAUGAGGUCCACCAAGCAGUGCUCAACCUUCACGCUAUUGCCAAGAACCUCAGAGCUCAACGUUUCUUAGGAGGAGCGCUCAGACUCGAUCAGCUGAAGCUUUCUUUCACUCUGGACAAAGAGACAAUGAUGCCUCAAGGUUGUUAUAUUUACCAAUACAGAGACAGUAACAAGUUGGUGGAGGAGUUCAUGCUGCUUGCUAACAUUGCCACAGCCAACCACAUUUACCGCAAAUUCCCCGAGUUGGCCUUGCUCAGGCGCCACCCUCCACCCAAAGCCAAGAUGAUGGAUGAGCUGCAAGAGUUGUGUGACCAGCUGGGAAUCAAAAUCGACCUGUCUUCUGCCGGAUUAUUACACAAGAGUCUCAAUACUGCUUUUGGUGAUGACGAGUACACAAGUGCCAGAAAAGAAGUCCUCACCCACAUGUGCUCCAGACCAAUGCAAAUGGCGUUGUACUUUUGUACAGGAGUCGUGAAGGAGGAGCAGAAUUUUAAGCACUACGCCCUCAACGUUCCUCUCUACACACACUUCACAUCACCCAUCAGGCGCUAUGCUGACAUCAUCGUGCACCGGCUGCUGGCUUCUUCACUAAAAUGUGGGCCUCGAAUCAGCCUGUCAACGGCGGAGGUAGAGAAACAAGCGUCACACUGUAACGACAAGAAGGCUUUGUCCAAGAAAGUCCAGGAGCUCAGCUCUGAGCUCUUCUUUGGAGUCUUUGUGAAGGAGUCUGGCCCACUGGACUCUGAGGCCAUGGUGAUGGGGGUGCUGGAUCAGUCCUUUGAUGUGCUGGUGCUCCGAUAUGGAGUUCAGAAACGCAUCUAUUGCAAGUCUAUCACUGGCUUGGACGCAUUCCGCCAUCGUAAGGUGGGGAAGAAGUCAGAGCUGACACUGCUGUGGACUGCAGAGGCCCCGGAGGAUCCGCCUGUAGAGCAGGUCAUUUCCGUCUUCACUUUAGUGGAGGUGCAGCUCAAGUCGGAUGAUGCGCCUCUGAAAUACAGCGCAGUGCUCAAGAGACCCGAGGACAGCGCAUCAUAAACGUACAAACACUUGAAUGGAAGUCAGGAACAUUUUCUUCUGUUGGUUGCUAGGAAUAACAUUUUAUAGAGUGUAACGUGGAAGCAAUAAUUCAGUCAGAUCUGAGUCCGAUUUUAAUUUCAAUCUUCUCCAGUUGUGUUUUUGUUGUUUUUUUUCCCCCCCAUACUUUUGCAAACUUAAUGCAAAUACCUUGAAUGUAUGCAUGUGGGCUAUGUUAUAGGAUGUAAUAUUUUUAACCUGUUGUCAUACAGGACUUUGCUUACAGCUGUCCUGUGGCUCCGUUCCUUUGUGGAAUCAAUGGAAGAAGUUCAAAAUCUAUGGUAGACAUACUACGUGGCUUUAAAUCUGAAUUAAUUCAAUAUUAUUUUUUGCAAUUUAAGAUUCCAAAUUGAGCUCUGACUCAGGUCUGACGCUGAAAGAAUCAAGGCAGCAGUGAGUUCUAUUUUGCUGUUGAUGGUUUGGUGUGACUAUAACUGCUAAACACAUUCUAAUAUGAGAAAUCUGAUUUUUAACCAUUUUUAUUUGAAUGUUGAUGAGCGGCUUCCUGAUGUUUGAGAAGAGACGAUGGUUUGUGUUUUGCUAGGCAUUAGAUUUACCACACCAGUGACUUGUGACCUGCUCUGGUUGUUUUAACUUGUUGCCACAGUGAAGCUUCACAGGUCAAAUGCAGCUGUGAUAGCAAGGUGUGACACCUUGAUUAAUUCAUAUUAUCAGAACAUGUACACUAAUAUUCACAUGUAACAAAAAAAAAAAGAAAAGCUGAGAAGUUUUCUUUGGAUUCUUCUGAUGUUGUGUAAUGUCUCAGUCAUUAAGUAAAGCUCACAGGACUUUUCUUUGCUCUACUUUGUGAAAUAGGAGCAAACGUAUUGCUCCAAUCCAAAGAAAGUUCUUGUUGUUUUUGGUUUUUGGACUGGAGCGAUAUGAUUAGACUAAGCUUUUCUUUAGUCAGGCUAAAGCUUACCAACUCUUUGUUUUUACUGCAAAACACAGGGAUGACCCACGUGUGAAUUGCUGCUAAAGAUGUUGACUGCCUCGAGGUCUUAAUGAAUUAUAUGUUUGGUGGUUGUGUUUUUAUGCUGACAUUUGAUUUGGUCAGCACAAAUGAUUAAUGUACCUCAUUGAUAUUUAAGAAUGUCAGCCUUCCUUUUAUCCGCUCAAUUUAAUUUGAUCGAACUGGGACUGAACUCUGGAGCAACUGCACAUUUUUAAAUGGAGUGUGGCCCCACUUUUUCUUUGACUCAGUCCUUGUGCCUCAAUUUAGUUCUCACACCUGAUUUUGAUUGAACUGUGAUUAGCUGCUGUAUCUGCACACUUUCUCGUCUGUCAAAUCCAUUUUUUUAUUUUUAUUUUAUUUUUUGACAGAUCUAACAGCUGUCUUUUUAAAUAGAAGUGUUUAGUUUUACAUGUACAGACAGUACUUUAAUUUAAAAUCCAUGGGUACAAAGCCAGUACAAGCCACUGUGUUGAAGAAGUAAGAUGUCUGACAAAGUUUCUUGUCACAUUUAAAUGAGGCAAACAUUAAAAUCCAGUUUAUUUGGGUCUCUGGUUAUAUUGUCACAUGUAACGUCUGGUCAGUAUUCACUGUGCAGUGAUGAUAUGCUCUGUACUUCCUCCAGUGCAAUAUAUUUGAUUGUGUUUAGGAAAAUACAGACAUGAAAUCUAAA